CGGCGAUUCGAUGGUGAAGUACUUGCCAUUGAAUAGUCGGUUGGCUGUUGAGGUUGCGCCGUUUAGUGGUAUUAGAAUCGAGCACUUGUUUUCCCAGGUGUCUGAGAAGCUACCCGAUUUUGAUGUUGUCAUCCUACACGUUGGCACUAAUAAUUCCCAUAUUAGUGCCAGCGUGUACAUCGACAAAUAUCGUCGUCUAGCUGCCCAGAUCUGUGAACGCAAUCCAGUGAUGCAGAUCGCCUUUUCUGCCGUUCUUCCGAGACGGGAGAAUAGGUUCUGCUCAUUGGAAUGGCAGCGUAGUCACGCUGCAGAGAUCGAGGCUUCGAAUGACCGUUACCGAGAGGUGAACUCGCUGCUGCGAGAGUUGUGUCGCAGGGAAGGGUUCACGUUCCUUGACGGGCUAGCUGACGAGUGGCACCAGUGGAUCCACCGCGACGGCGUCCACCCAAACCGGAUCGGCAACAAGGUCCUCGCUGGGUUCAUGGGCCAGCAAGUAUGGAGCAUCCUGGAGAAGAUGGCCAGGGCCAAGAUCCAGCAGGACCACAAGGAGGCAAUGCCAGGGACCCGCUCGUGGGAUGGCUGGACCAUCAAGGGUGCCCUAUUGACCGCGCCAUGUUGUCUCUUCAGAAUUCUCCGACUUUUCCAGCAAAGUUUUGUUAAUCUGACGACAUAGUCUUUCUAAGAGGCUGGGGAAAUUAUAGCAAAAAGUUUGUGGGCCUCACAUCUGGUAACAAGAAGGCUCCAAAAACAAGGCCCCUUGAAAACUGAGCAAGUUGCUACUUGUGUAAAUUGGC